UAUACUUAAUUUAUAUAAUGGCUUGUAAUAUUAAGCUAAAAAAAAUACUUUGGGCAAGGGUUGUGUGGCAAGAAAAUGAAAAUUCCUUUUUUGAAGAUGUGCUUCCUGCAAAUUGGAUCAAUGAAGAAAUGGGUGUUGUUUUUUGGCCUUCUACAAUGUCAGUUCAGAGGGCCAUUUCUGAAAAUAUUGAGGUUGACCAUGAAUCAUGGAGAAAGUUUAAAUGGUUAAAAACAAAAAUUGUAGAUGAAGAUAGACAGUUGUGCAAUGACUUUAAUUUUACAUCUUGCGGUGAGCAAGUUACCACUGAUGAUGAAUUUAGCAAUCAAGUGACCUCAGGAAUCAGCAAAGAUGUCCCUAUUUUACUACCAAAACCUCCUUCCUCCUACAAACUGUCAAUCGACAUCCUCAAAGAAAAUAAAACAGAAACUGUAGCCAUCAUCAAUGACAAUGCUUCAUUUUUAGAUAAAACAGUAAAAGAUCUGACACUACAUUCAGAUGCAACAUCUGAUGAUGAUGAGAUAGUAGAUUUUAUUCGAUUAAAUAAAAAAAGAAAUAUAAACUCUCAAUCACCAAGUCACCAUGCUGGGGCUAAACCAAACAAAAAGUCAAAAAAAGAAAAGCAACAGUUUCCUAUGGAAGAAGAAAGUCAGUCUCAAUCUACAAGUCACCAUGCUGUUACUAAACGCAAAAAAAAGUCAAAAAAAGAAAAGCAACAGUUUCCAUUGGAAGAAGAAAGUCAGUCUCAAUCACCAAGUCACUGUACUGUGACUAAAUGUGACAAAAAGUCAAAAAAAGAAAAGCAACCGUUUCCAAUGGAAAAAGGAAAGUAUCAACGCAAGUCGCUUCGGUAUCUUGUUGAAAUUAGAGAUCUUCUUUCAAAAUUAGUAGAGGUUAAGGACCCAGAAAAUAGUAAAUUUCAUAUCGAAAAAAUUAAUAACUCUGACCAACUCGAUGAACUAGAAGAAGUUAUCAAGGAUGAUGUGCAGCGAAAAGCAAUUUUAUCUAAACUGAAGAAUAUUGGUGGUGUGGAUAUGGCAGAGUGUACCAGAAAUAUGUUGGGAAAAUUAUUUUCCGUAAACCUGAUGGCGAAUAUGAACAUUAAAGGGAGUAAACGUAAAGGCAGAGAAAACAAAAUAUCGUUUGAAAACCUUAAGUUAAAGGACGUUAUGUUUGAAGCGUUACAAGACAGGUAUACCGUUAGUGAAAAAGAAUUAUUUAGAGUUGUCGGGAAUAAACUAAAGAAUGCACCAGGAAGAUUGAACCAUUCCAUUGAUAUCUAACAUUUAUAUUAUAUUAUAUGUAUAUAGUUUAUGUUAUAGUAUAUAGUUACUUUUUUUAAAUAAAUAAACAAUAAUAUUAUACAA